AGUAGUGAGUAAGAGUUAACGCGUCGCUGUAGAACUGCUGGAACACGUGAAUGAUACUUCAAAGGAGACUAAUUCAGCUUUUUGUUUACGUCAAUUCGUCUCGUGUAGAAUGAAGGAGAGGAGAAUCAGUGAGCCGCUGGUGGUCCGCUGUAAACUGGUGUUAGUGGGAGAUGUUCAGUGCGGAAAAACGGCUAUGUUACAAGUGUUGGCUAAGGACUGUUAUCCCGAGACGUACAUCCCGACAGUGUUUGAAAACUACACUUCAGGCCUGGAAGUAGAAGAACAACACAUUGAGCUUAGUCUGUGGGAUACAUCAGGUUCUCCAUAUUAUGACAACGUCAGGCCACUCUGCUAUAGCGACUCUGACGCUGUGCUGCUUUGUUUCGACAUCAGCCGACCUGACACUGUGAACAGCUCUCUGAAAAAGUGGAAGGCAGAGAUAAUGGAUUUCUGCCCCAAUGCACGCAUCCUCCUGGUUGCCUGUAAAACAGACCUGCGUACUGACGUGUGCACACUGAUGGAGCUGUCCACGCAAAAAAUGGCUCCAAUUACUCACGAACAGGGGUCUUUACUAGCAAAGCAGGUAGGAGCUGAGGCAUAUCUGGAGUGUUCUGCGUUCACGUCAGAGAAAAGUAUUCACAGUGUGUUCCGUUCAGCAGCGCUGGCUUGCCUCGAGAAACUUCAGCCACCUAUCAAGCCAAGCCCCGCCCACCGAAAACGCCUCCUACACCGGCCCAGCAAGAGUGAACAUCUGAGCUCCUCCUUUAACAAACAGAGGACCAAGAGCUGUUCAGUCAUGUGAUCCAAACUUUUUGCUCCCUGGGAGAGAUUGACAAGGGCAGUUUUGAAGGGAUACCAGAGGUCUUGACCUUCUGUCUGCUCCCAUCUCUACCUUCUCAACAUUUUGCCUUUUCAGUUAGUCCAUCCCAUUUCUUUAUCGCAAAGAAUGUAUGUCGAUGAAGGUUAACUGAUUCUAUUUAAUAGAGAGUUUUAGGUUAAAUUGCCUGAUAUCAUUUUAAUUCACAUAAACCUUAUGCCCGGUUUAAAGUAAAUGUGCUAUUUUUUAUUUAUGGUGCAUAUGUAAUGGAGAGCUGUGAGACCAUGCAUUUCAGUUAUAAAAUAAUUUGUCCUGUACAGAGUUACUAGACAUUUAAUAAGAAGAGUGAAUUAAUGGUUAUCAGAUCAUGUAUCUGAAAGUGAGCGACAGAGGUUUUUUGUUAGAGGACUUUUUAAAGUAAGAUCAUAACUAGAGAAGUUUUAAAGAGCAGCUAUAAAAUGAAGAGAGAAUGUGUUGCCUACUUCUGUCUCUUACAUACUUGCACAGGCAACAAUGAGGCACCCUCUCAUCCAUCUUUAAAUUUCAGUAGAUGAAUAACAAACAGAACAGAUAUCCUGGACAGUCCUUGAAAUGGCAUAAACAUCACAUGGGAAGUCUUGUGAUGGCCUUUUGAUAAAGUUUGGAUGGGGCUCAACCUUAGAGUAGCCGUGGGCCUUAGAAGAUCCUGUCAGAGCAAGACAGAAGAGAUUAGCGGGAUUAGUUGAGGAAACAGGAUGACAUUUUAUCCCAGACAAGUCUGAUGAGAGAUUAGUUAUAAGGUAAUCCUAUCUAACGUGCCUGAAUAUCUGGCUUGGCUUUUUAAGGCUACAUUUGUUUCAUAUUUAAUGAUCAAAUAUCUCUCAGAUUGAUGUCUUGUAGUUGUAAUUAGCUUAUUUAGACUUUCAGCGCUUAACUGGAGCGUAUUAGUAUUUAAUUCAAUACAGUUUCUCCAAUCUAAGGGUGCAGCCACUAGCUCUAUAUCUGUAUCUGUUUACUAUUCCAAAUGUCCAUAUGUGAAUUCUGAUUAAAAUCAAACGUGAGUGUUGUUUGGGGUUAAAUUUACCCCCUUGCCCCUAGGAACACUGGAAACGAGUGGGGGGGGGGGGAAGUAAUACUAUGUACAAAAUCCCAACUCCAACACACAGCUGUAGUGUCAAACAGAUGCCAUGUGAAUUUCCUAUUUACAUCUGUGUUUAUAUUUGUUUAGCACACACAUCUGUUCAAUCUAAAUAACGUAUUCAAAUUUGGUUACAUACCAAUUACAAACUAUAGCAUUGAUAAGAAAUUUCAAUAUUGAUAAGACACUUCUUAGAAACCUGAUCAGUCUAAUGAAGUCAUCUUUCUGAAGACUAAACUAAAAUCUUACUAAACUUUACUAAAAUUGCUUUUAAAUUAUUUUAUGUACAGGCUUUAUUUUCCCCAGUGGACCUCAUAAAAAAAAAAAAAAAAAGAAAUUGAGUAACAGCUCAAUUUAAAGGUAACAUACAGUGACAAUAUCCUUGGGAAUCCACUUGUAAACAAUUUAUCGAUUUUGAUAUCAGUUUAACAAGAUGAAAGAGCGCCUGACUCAGCAUCUGUCAUCAAUAAGAACAGAUCCUGUCAGGACAGCAUGGUGUGCAUGCAUGUACAUGCUGUAUUGCAAAGCAAACAUUAGUCUUUAAAGCUCACAGGCUGGGCCUGACACUACUGUUAUAUCUCUGAACAUCCGGUUCUGUUUUCUUAGCACGGCGCUCAGUUGUUUCCUCUUAGACAGUAAAACUUUAUGAUCCCCAGUUUGAUUUCUUGUAAGAAUGGACAGGUGGCCUCUGAUGCUGCAGAUUUAGUGCAAUAUUUGAUACAUGCACCCCCUUACGCGUCUUACAGAAGCAACUAUUUGCAGUGCCGGAAUGCUGAGGUGUUGCCUAGCAACUGUCAAGGAUGUACGGCGCUGUUCAAUGCUGAUAGCGGAAAAGUAGUAAGGAUGGGUUAUUUCAUCAUAGCAUUACACACAGACCUAUACCUGCGGCUAUAGUGAAACCCAUUAAAUAUACUCACAUAUGUUCUUUGAGAAGUUCUUGCUAACAACGCUUUUAAUGUAAUGAUACAAUGAAUAUAUUAUUGCUAUUUAUGUGUGAAAUGUAGCAUAAAGUGCCAUGAAUUACUGUAAUUUAUUUCAAAUGUUU